UCUGUCGCGGUAAGCAUAAAUAAGAACCUCGAAAUUCGUUCUGCAACUCCAACCGGAGAUACAACAUGGGACAAUUGGAAUGGACAAGUUCAUGUCACUCCAAGCGCCAUUUUUAAACCAUCUACACUUGAUGACCUUGUAGACAUCGUGAAAUUAGCAAAGCAAAAUAAUAAAACUAUUCGAUGUGCUGCCCAGGGGCAUAGUAUAAGUAAUCUAUCUUACACAAAAAACUAUCUGAGUGAACAAAUUCCCCUUGACAUUAACAGCAAUUUAAUUUGGGUUAAGAAUCGGGUACGAACUAACGAACCUGUGACUUUAUCACCAGAAGUGCUCGAACAAUUACGUUACAAUCAAACUCAAGGUCUUAUUCAAAAUUAUAUGACUAUAAGUAACUACCUAAUAACAAAUCCUGAGUUUACUCCAAAUAUUACUGCUUCGAUAUGGAAUGCUGGCAUUGGUCAGGCUGGUAAUACUAGUAUGGUAUUUCAGGCUCCUGAUGAUUUCCAUUACAUACCUUCAGUAGAAAGUGUUAAGAAUAGUCUAUGGGAAAUUGGAUUCAAAGUUGAUCCGGAUUUUACCAAUGUUGCCACCGAAAUUUCUUUCAUAAUCAAGACAUUAUAUGAUUUUGCAGGAAAAGGAAAAUUUCCAAUAAUUUAG